AUGGGGCCACCAAGAUCCGGGGCCUCGAAGAAAUCCACAUCAAAGAGCCAUCCCGGUCGCGACAGCCGGAAAGAAAAGAAAAGGCCGCAACAGGCAUCGUCACGACAUGACCAGGCCGGUCAGGAUGGGAACCAGAUCGAUCUCUCCGCCACCAUCCCGCUGACACUCCAGCAACUGCUGCUGAACGUGUUCAAGACGGCUUUGCUUCCAGGUGACGGGCCGCAUGACCGUGGCCACCAAGAUAAACAUACAGCACAAACGCCAAGGGCUGAGACCGAGAGCGAAUCCGAGGCUCAGACGACCGCCCCCGCAGGAAAAGAAGAAUUAGAUAUCAAGUCUCUGGUCCAGACCAUCAAGUCCCAUUUGUAUAACCGGGACUUUGACUCGGCGUUCACAGAUGCCGAUGGGGACCUCUUGCGCGCUUAUGCGCUGCGUUGGAGUGCAUCCCGCGCGCUGGGGUAUGCGGGGAUCUUCAAGUCUGUGUUGCGGACGCUGUUGUGUGGAAGUGAUGGAGAUGGCGAUGGAGCUCAGGCCCAGACUCAGGCCCAGGCCCAGGCUCAGGCGAAUGAGACGAGCCAUAUCGUCUGUAUUGGGGGCGGAGCCGGUGCAGAGAUCAUGGCGCUUGCGGCUGCGUGGCGGGAUUUGAUGGACGAGACGGUGCUCUCGGAUGGUGUUGGGACGGUUUUGUUGGAGGAUGAGAGCGGCGGUCAAGAGCAAGACACAGCCCCAGCUGCGACUUCGUCGCCACGGCUGGCUGUCACGGCUGUUGAUAUCGCCGACUGGUCGAGUGUCGUGGAUCGGUUGGCGCGGACGAUCCGGUCUCCCGCCGUUACGUGCACAAAGGCGCAUCCUGCGCCGCUACAGUCACAGGGUGCACACGGCUUCGUCGUCCGAUUUGAACGCUCGGAUGUCCUCUCGCUGGCUGAGGAGGGAUUGAGGAAGAUACUGCAUUUAGACAGCGCGGCGGCACCGGCCCGCACGGUCCUGGUUACGCUCAUGUUCACGCUUAACGAGCUCUUCUCGACGUCUAUGGCCAAGACGACGGCGUUCUUGCUCCGCGCGACGGAUCUCCUAAACCCGGGGACUCUCUUUCUGGUUGUUGAUAGCCCGGGUAGCUAUUCGACUCUGAAAUUGGGAAAGUCGGCCCAGAAGGACGCGGAGGCGGAUGGCGCCUCGGCGGCGCCGCAGGAGAGACGGUAUCCGAUGAAGUUUCUACUAGAUCAUACGCUAUUGUCGGUUGCGGCGGGGAAGUGGGAGAAGAUCUAUGAGCAGGAUUCACGCUGGUGGAGGAGGGAUGCGGCCAGGCUGCGGUAUUAUGUUGGUGAAGGAGCGGGGUUGGAGGAUAUGCGGUUCCAGAUUCAUGUGUAUCGCAGGUUGGCUGAUUAG